AAGAGCUGUGGUUCAUUUUUUUAAGCGAGUAUCUGUCUGCGUUAAAGUCGGAUUUACUGUAAUACAGUAAGCGAAUAGCGGAAAUACAUUCAGUCGUGAAGCGCUGCGCUUUGUUGGUAAUGUGCAAGCCGCAGUUACUGCUGUCCGUGUCCUCCUCUGGUUUGUUUGCUAAUUCUAACCAGCGAACUUGCUUGCAAACUGAGCCCGUAAUUCCGGUCACGUUUUUAACUCUCCGGUAAACCACACAUGAGUUUGCAAUCGGUUAGUAAAGCGAGUGUGAAUUGCGUGAGCGGCUUCAUUAAAUGCGUUUAAUUGCGCUGGCGAUUCUAUCGGGAGAGCAUCAUGCUUGAAGUGGUGUGUGAUAAACAUUGCCAGGCAAUCGUGCAAUUGGGUCCUGGAGAAUGCUGCACUCAUCCGCAUCUCGUUUAAAACUCCCGGUUAAGUUUCGAUGUGUUUAAUAUGUUUUUCCUGCUUCACACAGUCCCGCGGCAAUCAGACACACACAGAGCAAAUCGGCGAGCUGUAGAGGUCUGAUUGAUGGAAACGAUCUUCACAGGAAGGCAUUCCCGCCCCCGGGCAGGUGCCAGUCGUUGUCUCAAGAGCUUGGCUGAGAUAUCGAACCAGAGAGGCAGUACCGCAUCAUUUAACACUGUCUGUUGAAAUGAAGGGGCAACAGAAAAGCCCGGAUUCCGAUGGGAACAUCCCUGUUAUUGAGGAAGGGGCUGUGGCCACAGCAGAAGACCCAUCAGCCAUCGCCACUAUCCAAUCAGCAGCCACCUUCUCCUCGGAGCAGCCAAUCAAAUACCUUUUCAAGACCGAGGGUUCCGGGGGGCAGGUAGGGGAGCUGUACCCUCCCACAGGGCAGGUCACCUAUCGAGUAAUUCAAGUCUCGGACGGACAGAUAGAGGGACAGACAGACGGAACCACAGCUGUCAGUGUUGUGACCGGGUUCCCGACAGCACAGCCAGUUACCCAGGCUGUAUUUUCCCAGUCAGAGGGUCUUGAAGGAGACGGCAAUGAGACUCAUUACACCUACUACCCGGCGACAAUCACAGACGGCACACCUGGCACCAUGGUAACCAGCGUACAGGCGCCUGAUUCAUUGCUCGGUCAGAACACUCCCACAGGGCAGCUGUAUGUGAUGAUGUCGCCACAGGAAGUCCUGACAGGAGGAAACCAGCGCUCAAUCGCUCCCAGAACUCAGCCAUUCAACACUAAGUCAGAAGCACCGAGGACUACUAGAGAUGACAAGAGGAGAGCCCAGCAUAACGAAGUUGAGCGCAGACGUAGAGACAAAAUUAAUAACUGGAUCGUUCAACUCUCAAAAACCAUCCCAGAUUGCACCAUUGAUGCAACCAAGACUGGACAGAGUAAAGGCGGCAUCUUGUCGAAAGCCUGUGAUUACAUUCAGGAAAUGCGUCAGAGCAACCUCAGGCUGGGGGAGGAGCUGAACUCGCUGGACAGGCUGCGAUUGGAUAACCAGUUACUACGGCAGCAGGUGGAAGAGUGGAAAACAAAGAACCAGAUCUUGAGAAACCAGCUCAGGCAGCAUGGCAUUGUGGGAGCUGCAACCCCUGACCCCCAGUGAGGCAGAAAAGAAACCAUUCUCUCUGGAAUGCAAGGAGUUUGCGUGGCUUAACGCUGGUCCCUCAGUUGUACAGUUUCAUGAACCCACCAUAAAUCCCCACUAAGCUUAAGAAGUUCUAACUGUAACAGCACCUUGGCUUUAAAAACCCUACAACCACACAG